AGUUCCCAUAAUUCAGCAAAACCCACAACUACUGUGAUGCGUGUGUUUUUGUUAUUGUUGUAGGUUAGUGGAACAGCUGAGAGCGAAGAGACAUCGUUGUGCAUCUUUAAAAAACGUUGAAUCGUUUUCUGACACGGAUGAACUUUGUCUGCCUUUAAUCUAAAUAGGGACGGCUCAAGUGAACAAGCUGCAGAGCAAACAGACCAGAAUAAGGUACUCAGCAGUGUUAUUGUGUUGCCAUGGAGAAGGCUUGGAGGGUGGAGUUUAGGAACGUGGGUAGUAGCUACUUCCCUCAGAGCCGCGUGGAGUGCCACUACAGUAUCAGCUCACAACAUACCUGGGCCAGCCAUGACUGGGUCGGACUCUUCAAGGUGGGAUGGUUGUCAGUAAAGGACUACCACACCUUUGGUUGGGCCCUGGCCCCAGAAGGCUACCAGGAGGGCACAGAUGUCAACUGCUGUGUUAACUUCCAGGCCUCCUAUCUGCCCAAGUCCAGUUCCCAGCAGUACCAGUUUGUGUACGUCGAUGGGAAGGGAGAGGUGUGCUCUGCCAGCUCCCAGUUUACCUUCAGCGCCCCUAAGCCUUUGGAGGACCUGGUCACCCUGGAGGAAGGAGCCCACGGAGAGGAGGGGGGGACCGACAUGCUUCUGGUCGUACCCAGGGCCGAGCUACUGCAGAGUCGCCUGCAAGAGUGUCUUCGGGAGCGAGCCGAGCUGCUCCAUGCACGGGAGGCAGCCGAGAGGAUGAAGGAGAGAGAGAGGGAGAAGUACAGGAGGGCAAGAGAGGCGUGGGACAGAGGGUGUGAGGAGCUGGAGAGGAACAUCGCGGACCUGAAGGAAGAGCUGCGAGAAAGCAGAGACAGGAUGGAAGAGAUGGAGAGGAGGCAGGAGGAGGUGGAAGCAUCAGGGGAGGCCUUGGCUCAAGAGAAGAGUUCCAUACUGACUAUGAAAGCAGCCAGCGAACAGCGAAUCAGAGAGCUGGAGGAUGACAUUAAAGCCCUGGCACUGAAGGCUUUGGAACGAGAGACUGAGCUGGAGCGGAUGAAGGAGAGGGCCAAGAAGCAAGCAGUUCAAAGGAGGGAGGAGGAGAAAGAGAGGAAAGUUCUGCAGCUCAAGCUGGAGCAGACCGAGGGGGAGCUGCGCAGUCUGUCUGCUGAGUUCCAGGGUCUGAGGAGCUCCCUGGCCCAGAGAGACACACACGCCCUACAGCUACGGGACACCAUCACCACCCUCACAUACAGGCUGAGUAUGGCACAGCGGAAAGAGGCGGAGAGCGAGGUCGCCCUGGCUGAGAUGCGGGGCCUGCGGGAGCGUCUGGGGGCCAGCGAGCGUUGUGCUGAGGGCCUGAAGGGAGAGCUGUGUGCCCUGGUGGCUCAGAGGGACCAGGGCCAGACAGAACUGCACCAGGCCAGGCUCCAGGCGGCACAGCUCACCCUGCAGCUAGCCGACGCCAGCCUGGCCCUGAGGGAGGGCAGAGCACACUGGGCCCUGGAGAGACAGAGCCUGCAGUGCAGCACUGAGAAGGCCAGAGAGCGUCUGGAGAAGCUAAAUGGAGAGACGCAGCGGAUAGAGAAGAAGCUUCAGGAGGAGAGGAUGGAGAGAGAGAAGGUGGAAGUGGAGCUGGGAAGAGAGAAGGACUGUAACCGGGUGCAGCUGGGUGAGACAUGCAGGGAGCUCCAGGAGCUGAAGGCCAGUCUGAGGGUGGCCCAGAAGGAGAAGGAACAGCUACUGCUGGAGCAACAGGACCUGAUGGAGUACAUGGGUCAGGUGGAACAGAGGAGGGAGGCUUUGGCAGAGGCCACGUGGAGCGCUGCGGUGUUCGCCUCCACCAGCCUCCGUGACAGUCCUCUGUCUGACUCUGAGGAUGAGAACCCUGAGGCCCUGCAGCCCUCCCGCCAACACUCCAGGCAGCCCCCCCCCUCCUCCCGCCCCCUGGCCCACUACAGCCUGUGUGACCCCCAGGCCCAGCCUGACUCCCUUCUCCCCUCCACCCCCCCUUCCUCCCCCAGAGACAUGUCCCGGUCCCUGUCCCGAGGGGGCGUCGUCAUCAGCCAGCCCGCUCCCCUGUUGUUGCCCAGGCAGUCGGGCGGAGACACCCUAACACACAGCUCUGAGUCGGAGGAGGAGGGUAACACCGACCAGUGCGGAGGACACAGCUCUGGAGAGGAGACAGCCCUGCUGCUGCCUGAGACCACAGACACAGUCCCCAGUGACCUGGCUAAUACCUCUCAGUGGUAGAGAGCGGAGAUACAGGACCAAGUCAACAACAUCACUGUCAGUGUGUUCUUUACUUUUAAUUCAGUAUUCAGCGCACAAGCACACACACACACACUACAACUCACCUCUCCUCUGACAAACGAUGUUAAUAUGCAAUUUGCUUCUACAUUUUCUAUGAACUUCUUCUUUGAUGUGUGACUUCUAGGCUGUUCUGCUGCACCUGUACAUAACAUGGUCCUAAGAAUGACAUAAUGCCUGUCAUAACAGGUCGUGACAGCUCAAAUCAUAGUUACGACCUCUCGUGUCCGUUCUAAAGCGUGAAACGUUUAACAUUUAAGUCUUAGUUAGAUGUUUAAUAGUUCAUGUUCCAUAGCAGGGUUAUUUCAGUUGCAGGAGGAGUGAUGUUGGGAGCUUUAUGACCGGUGUUAUGUCAUUUUUAUGAUGCCGUUAUUAUGAGGCAUCAUGACAGCCACUGUAAUUAAGAUAUUUUGAGUGAAUGUAUCUGUCUCCUUUUAAAGUCUAAGAGUUGAUUUGAACACUUCCGUCGCCGCGACAACUUUAAACACUACUGUAAUAAUAGUCAUUAAAACGUACUUAGACUUUGUUCGAAGAAUCAUUGUAAAGUACAGAUACAUAUAAUGUUUUUCCUCCUUAUAUUCAAACCUGAGAUGUUAUAUUAUAAGCAUUUUCUGUUAUUCAUUAUUAGACAUUUAAAUUCUUGCUUCAUUAGAGGUGUUGUAGUACUAGUUGAAAGGACACUCAGAGAUAGAGAUGUGUCCAAAAUGGGGAAGAACUGUUGAAAACACUUCUGAAAAGGGUGGAAGUUUGAGUUGAGUGGGAGGGCAAUCAGGUUGAAUGUUGACUGGAAGAGACAUUUCUGAAAGGUGGUUGCUACUAAUUAGGGCAAGAGGAAUGACAUUUUGAUGUUCUCUCAUGUUUUAUUGUUGCACAAUAUAUUUUACUUCCAAUAUUCUAUCCUCCGCAACAUAAAGCUUUUGCUCCUGCAUGCUGGUAGCUGUAGAGCCACUGCAAUACAUUUACAUUUAAGUCAUUUAGCAGACGCUCUUAUCCAGAGCGACUCACAAGUACAUACAUUCAUACUUUUUUUUGUACUGGCCCCCCGUGGGAAUCGAACCCACAACCCUGGCGUUGCAAGCGCCAUGCUCUACCAACUGAGCCACACGGGGCCCAAUACUUUCAUACAUGAUACCAGAUUUCAAUCGUAAAGCAGUGUGUUGUUUUAAAGCAAGAAUAAUAUGUCUUUAGAAGUCCCAGAAGAUCAUUAGUAAUGCACUAGAUUCACUGUACGUGGUAUACAGAAAGUAUCUGCUUCAGAGAGAAGAAGCCAUUCUAAAUUUGUACCUAAAAGAACAAAUUGGUAAACGAAGGAAUUUCAUCAUAACAUAAUCUAAUUUAUGGAUACUGACGUUGCAGUACUUGUUGGGGGUGUUGUUCUUAUAGCUCAUGGAAGACUGGCCUGGAAUAGAUUACUACUGGGUCAAUAAAUACAUUUUUCAUGAUUUUCUACCAAUACUCAGCUUGUUAUAUCGUAAUGAAAUUAUAUCCAGUUUUAGUUUAAGCUACAGAGUUGAUAUGUGUAAUAAGAAGAAAAUACUAAAGCUAGGGUUUAAAAGCUUGCUAAUGAAGAAUAAUGCACCAGGGACAACUUUGCUUGUUCGACAUGUAAUUGGCUGCACUUGCACCUGUUAUUUUGCUACAGGAGAUGUUUUUGGGAACGAAACGUUGAUUUUCAUUUCACACAGUGAUGCUCGUCAUUAAUCCUGUCUAUGUUACGUCGUCUAUCUAUCAUUAUCAUAAUCAUUACCACCGUGUGUUGUAUUUCCUCUUUUUUUCAUACUCAUUUCUUUUUCUUUCCCCGAUUUUCUGUCUGAAGGUCAAUUUAACUGUAUUAUCUAUCACGACUGUGUGGUAAGGUUUGAAGAGUUAGUCCAAAGGGUAGAGGUAUUGGUGCCACUAUAUAGGACAACAGUUUGUUCACACAUGGGUUGUAGCCAUAGUGAAAGUAUGUAAUGUAUAACUCAGUCCGUUAUAAUAAACAACUUUGUCAGCGUUGAUGGACAUCCUUGCUCAAUUGAAGGCUGUGCUUCAAUGGGUUUUGGAGUACCUUUGUCUCUACACCUGUUGAGCUAUACCGGUAGUGUAGUUUAGUACUACAAAUCUGUUUGCUACCCUGGGUGGGUGAUUUUGACAUCCUGGUAUGUGCACCAAAAGUUCCGUAGCACUGAGAUCUAUGGUUUUGUAGUCGUCUAGAUUUCUGUGGGAAGUUCUAUGUCUAUGUCUACUGUGAGCUACGUGGGUGUAUAGUGUAACUUCUAUUCAGGACAGCUACCUACUCUCAUUGCAAUAAGGCUCCAGUGGUUUUCUGGUGUGUAUGUUUGUUUGUUUAGGUCAUCUUACUUAUAUAAAAAAAGAAGUUGUUAUUGGUAAUACUAUAUACUGUCUGUUCGUGUGGGUGGGUUUCUGUAAUAAAAUAAACAUGUAUGUGUAUCAA